GGCCCGGCGCGGAGGGCGGCUCGGCUCGGCUCGGCUCGGGGCGGCGGGACCCGCCUCGCCCGGGCGAUGCCUGAGCGCGGCGGCGGCAGCGGGGGGGUGGGCGGGUAGCGGCAGCGGGGACGCGGCGCUGCUGCCCUGCCUUUCCCUGCCCGCCGCUGGCCCUUCCCCCGCCCCUCCCCGCUCCGGUGCGCGACUCAGCCGCCGCUCCGGGCAGGGAGGAAGGGCUGGGAGCCGCCUCCCGCUGCCCCCGGCCGCCCCCUCCCCAUGCAGCCCGGCCCGCCGCUGGGAGCCCUCCCCGGGGGGAUGUUUCUGCGGCCGCUGCCGGGAUAACCGGCGCGCCGCCCGCCCCCGCCCCGGACGGAGGAUGCUGCCCGCGCCGUGGCGGGCUCCGACUCGGGUAGCAGCGGCCGCGUCCGCCUCCUCGGCUCCGGGCAGCGUCGCCGGGGAGAGAUGAGUUCGCGGCACCAGGCGGACUGGAUCCCUUACAGUGUUCUGGAUGAUGAGGGGAGCAGCCUGCGUCAGCAGAAGCUUGACAGACAGAGAGCACUGCUGGAACAGAAGCAGAAAAAGAAGCGCCAGGAGCCACUGAUGGUUCAGUCCAACGUCGACAGCCGGGCAAGGACGCGCAGGACAAAACAUUCGGAGGAGCAGGCCCCGCUGGUUGAAUCCUAUCUCAACAGCAACAGCAGCACCAUAUAUCAUGCAGUGCAGGAGGCUGAACAGGAAGAUGUAAAGGUGGUAGUGGACGCCCAAGCUCCGAAACCAACUAAAAAAACCAAGGCAGCAGCUGCGAGCUGUCAGAGUAGCAGCACCAGAAAGGAGAAAAAAGGGAAACACAAAGGGAUUGAUGGCCCAGCUGCUUUUCAAGAUGAUGUUCAGAAGAUAGGAAGUCAAGUGCAGAUUCUCACUGUUGGACAGACUAGCCAUGAUGAAGAUGAUGGCGAGAAAGUGGCUGCUGGCCAACAACAGCAAAGCAAGCAAGACCUUAGAACAGCAAUGCAGAAGAAAGAUCCCCAUGCAAAUACAUCCUGGUCCUCUUCCACCUCCCAAUCCAGUCUUGUCGCCCUGGAUCAUGUUCCUGGUAUUUCAAGUAGCAUGAAUUUUGAUGAGGAAGAAGAUGAGGAGGAUGAAGACAGCUCCAGUUCUUCACAGCUAAACAGUAACACCAGGCCUGGUUCUGCCACGAGCAAAAAAUCCAAUAAGGAAGCAGCCUCAGCCCCCAGUCCUUCCACAAAUGAGCCUCUCAUAGAUGUGGAUGACCUGGAGGAGUUUGCUGUCAGACCCGCCCCACAGGGGGUCACUGUCAAGUGCAGGAUCACAAGAGACAAGAAGGGAAUGGACCGAGGGAUGUACCCUACUUAUUACCUCCACUUGGAAAGGGAGCAUGGUAAAAAGGUGUUUCUGUUGGCUGGAAGGAAACGAAAGAAGAGUAAAACCUCUAAUUACCUCAUCUCUAUAGACCCAACUGACCUGUCUCGGGGUGGAGAGAGUUUUAUUGGAAAACUGAGAUCAAAUCUUAUGGGAACUAAGUUUACAGUUUAUGACAAUGGAGUAAAUCCAAUGAAAACAACGUCCAGCCUGGAGGCGAGUACCCUGCGUCAGGAGCUAGCUGCUAUUUGUUAUGAAACAAAUGUCCUGGGGUUUAAAGGACCUCGUAAAAUGAGUGUGAUCAUACCAGGAAUGAAUAUGGAUCAUGAAAGAGUUUCCAUCAGACCACGAAAUGAACACGAGACGCUUCUUGCAAGGUGGCAGAACAAAAACACAGAGAGUGUCAUUGAGCUGCACAACAAAACCCCAGUCUGGAAUGAUGACACCCAGUCCUAUGUUCUGAAUUUCCAUGGUCGAGUCACCCAGGCCUCGGUGAAGAACUUCCAAAUUAUCCAUGAUAAUGAUCCUGACUACAUCGUGAUGCAGUUUGGCCGCGUGGCUGAGGACGUGUUCACCAUGGACUACAACUACCCAAUGUGUGCACUACAAGCCUUUUCCAUUGCCCUUUCCAGUUUUGACAGCAAGCUGGCUUGUGAGUAAAGGGGCGUGGGUGAGCAUCCUCUUGAAGGAAGCAGUUUGCCAUAUGAUUCCCAAUUCCUGCUGGUGUCGCUUAUGGUCCAUACUAAAAAGGUCAGGGAAAAAUACAGUUGUGGAGGACCACUCUGUUGCUGAAGAGAAAGUAAAAGGAAUCUUCUAAAAAUUCAGGACAUUCAGGAAAUUAUAUUUUCCUUUUUUUUUUUCUGUCAUAUUUUUCUGGAAGUGACAUCAAGUUUUUGUAAAUAGGAGUUGUCUCUCACGUCCCUGGUUAUGUUAUGGAUGUGUGCCAUGAUGUACUGUACCGUGGCUCCAGUAGCACCAUGACAGUGGUGUCUUUUUUAAAAAUCCAGAAAGGGCGUGAGAGCUCCAAAAAUUUCUUUUUACAUUUAAGAAUCAUUCCGAGGCUGCAAUCGUACCUCAAGGUUGCAUUCCUGCAUCAACUAAUCAGAGCUUCACAUCAUCCAGCAUAAGAGAAAGAUGAGGAAAAAAGAUGCACUUUUUUUUUUUUUUUUUUUUUUUUUUGGAUUGUGCAAGGAUCUCAUGUAGUAUGCAGCUGAGUCUGAAGGUUGAAAACCUCUACUGGACUGAACUUGAUGCAUUGCUAUUGUACAUGUAGUAGGGCAUGAUGAAUUUUAAUUGCAGUAGGAGGAAAUGGAGAAGUGGAAAGCACAAAAUAAUGUUGCACAAGUCACUUGAAUUCUAAGCUGUCAUUAUGUUUUAACAUCUACAUGCUUUUUAAUUUGUUUCAAAUGGAAAUUUGUAUUUGCAGUACAGAAAGAGAAAAGGAAAACAUCUCAAUGCCAAGAAAGCAUAACUUAUGUUGAAUUUGGCAUUUCAUGGGCUGGGAAUUUAUAUCCUUGUAUUGCUGUGGUAAUUCAAACACAUAUUUUGUAUGAAGUGAUAUAAACAAUUGGAUAAAGGCACUCUGCAGAGAGUCUUAUUAUUUUGAACAGGCUGUGUAAAGCUGAGGAAGGUAAAUGGAAGUAUUUUAUUAAAUUUGUCUGACCUUUUGAGCUUUUA